UACGCGAGUUUCGCAAUGAAUAAAAAUCUGGAAGAGAAGGUCAAGUUCCUACUUAAUGAUCCAGACCCUACUCCAUUAAAAUUUUUUACAAAGUUUGGUUUCCGCAACAAGCAAUCUGCCCACCAAGAUUAUAAAGAACGAUUGAAGCAGGCGAUUCAAAGUGACCCUA